UCGCAUUCAAGCUCUACUCACAAACAUACAUGGAUAACAUAACCCUACGACCUGUGUCUAAGGUGGGCGAAUUAUCGGAGAAUUUCAAAGAAAGAUGGUCUAUACCCCCGCUCUUGUGCUCGGAACUGGACUGUCCAUCGGGAUGGAAGAAGAAAGCGUUGGGGAGUUUCUGAGAAAGUUUGUGUUUCGGUUCGCCAUGGACAACCGUCAGAGAACCGGCGAUGGACUUAAGAAAGCAGUUAGUUCCUCGAGUCUUGGAUCGGAGUGCAGUUUGGAGGAGGAGAGGGAAGAGCGGACCCUCCAGCUCGAUCUGGUCCGUCGGAUCGAGAGAUGUUUGUCCGACGCCAAGACGUCCAGUCUCAGGUGCCGAGAGCUGUUGCUUCCGCGCCGGAUGAUCUCAUAUAUUGCGCGAGACAUCCUGGCCGCCUCCACCGACGAACCGUGUGGGCUCCGCGGCGCGCUAAUCAAUCUGUUCUUGGAGACCAACGGCGCACUCCAGAAGCUGGGCAACGUAGUCCCCGUGGAUCACCUCACUCCGACUUUCGAGCUCUCGGUUGUGCUUCGGCCGGACCAGGACGGCUGGCCACCCCUCAGGAAUCUCUUCGGGGCCGACAAGGUGCUGCGCCUGCGACCGGAGUACCGGCUCAUCAAACAGAAACUCUACUCCUCGGCCAGCCCAACCAUCCAGGAGCACAACUCCUGGUUCUAGAAUGUAGACGUAGCUCUGGUGUAGCAAUACUCGUAUCGUAAAUGGGCUGUGUCGACAUGUCGUUAUGCUGCACUAUAUUCACUAGGUUAUCAUGCAGAUAUUAGUUUCCAUUUUAUUUUGCAUCGAUGUUCUGUUGUUUUUCUUGCACACACUCCCUGAGAAGGGACAUUCCAAUGAAGUGUUUCUUAUUGGGCCAUUGUGGGUGAAAUGGCUACUAUGUGAAUGUCAAUAAAUAGUAAGUCACUAUUAAUGGGUUGCUGCCUAAAUUAGCUGAUUUUGGAUUAAGGUCAACUAAAGUAUUUUACGCUGUUGUGUAAUUGUGUAUGGACAGUUGAAUGCACUGAGGUGAGAAUUGAUUUAGGCAUGCGAUUUCUAAAGGUGAGCUUCAUCGGAGGCUAUUACACUAAUCUGAACUGCGCACUCAAGGUUGAUCCAGCAGGGUUAGAACGUUAAGCUUCACAAUUCUAAGGAAGCACUCGUUCUAUUUUGGAUUGGUGGCUGGUGAGGACCGCAAACUACUGGCGCGAUGUCACUUUUGUUCUGUUGGGUGGUAGAUCUGUGAAACAUUAUUUAUUGACCUGCAUGGGGAGGUUGUGUGAGUGUUUAUUGUAUGUAUAGUUUGUUUAUUGUGACAACUGAACUGUGAUGGAUAUUUGCGCAAGGAUAAAAGAAUCAAGACUGGGAUGAUUGUAUGACGUUAAGACUUCUACUGUCCUUGAGCAGUUUAUUUAUUUAUUUUUUAACUCUUGACCUGUAGUUCAUCUGAGGUAUAUGUGUAAUGAACAAGCUGGUCUUGCUCAAAUGCUUGAUGUCUUAUGUGUCCCUUUUCAGUAUUCUCUCUGGUGAAUCGAAUUGCAUACCGGUAUACAAAUAAAUAUUUUUACAGA